AGAAUACGUAGAGCCCAGUUGUCUCCUGUGUGAUGGCCGCUUCCUUCUUAAAAAGGUCUCGGUGUGAGGGGAGGAGGACAUCGGGAGACAUUCUCUAUGAGUCUCUGGAAGACCUCAUGCAAUAUGACUUCACACGAUUUAAGGACAAGUUAUGUGAUUUCUCCUAUGAAGAGCGACCCGCCAUAUUACGUGGGCAUCUGGAAGACGCAGAUUGUGUUACCACUAAGAACCUCCUCUUAGAUGUCUAUGGAGAGGAGACAGCCCUGUAUGUGGCCAUAGAGGUCCUCAAAUUGAUCAAUCUCAUGGGACCUGCAAAGACUCUCCAACAUGAUGUGACACAAUAUGGGAAAUUACAGGAGAUAUCAGCAGCUAUAACACUUCAAGACUGCAGAAUAAGAUAUGCGAAUGACACGGUAAAGGAAUACCAUUGUAUUGAAGAUAGUAAUGCAAGGAUUGGGGAGGCGGUCAACACAAAGAAACGAUAUACCAGUCUUUUACUGAUCAAGAAUCAUCGUAAUGAAGAAGAGAGACAACAAGAAAUAACUUCUACAGGCCAGAGGCACUUACAGAUUAUGGCAAGCAGAUCAUCAGAGGAGUAUUCUCCAACCACUGUACAGGCUCUGUUUCAGCCACAAGAUGAUGGGAUUAUUCCCAAGAUUGUGGUGCUACAAGGACCUGCCGGGAUAGGAAAAACGAUGACCUCCCAGAAGAUCAUGCUAGACUGGGCAUCCGGGAAUCUCUAUAAAGACAAGUUUCAUUUUGUGUUUUACAUGAGCUGUAGAGCGGUCAGCACCUUCACUGGUAAUAUCAGCCUGGCCAGAUAUAUAUCCAGGUUUUGCGGACUGAAAUGUUCUUCUAAUCUGUUGCGAUCAAUCUUCAUUGACUCUGAGACAAUACUUCUUAUUGUUGAUGGUUUCGAUCAAUUAAAAUUCCCAUCAAUCAAUGACACGGAGGUUUGUGAUGACCCAUUUCAGGAGGUCUCCAAAGAAGUCCUUCUAAACAGUUUGUUGAGAAAAAAGCUGCUCAGAGACAGUUCUCUGAUCAUCACCACAAGACAAUUCUCGAUGAUGAAGCUGAAGGGUGUAGAUCACACUCCUCGAUAUGUGGAAAUUCUGGGGUUUACAGGAGAGCAGCGUGAGGAAUAUUUCCAGAAUUUCUUUGAAACCCAAGAACAAGCGGACUUGGCUCUUAGUGCCAUUAAGGACAAUAAUACUCUGUCCACCUUGUGCGUUGUCCCUGUAACUUGCUGGAUUUUAUGUACUAUAAUAAAGCAGCAACUUAGAGGAGGCUCACGUGUGAUUGAUUCUAGGACACCCACAUCCAUUUACCUGUUGUACCUUAAAGUUUUAAUUAAGUAUCAUGGCAGGGGCUCUGCCCAGCCUUUAAGCGCAUGUAUAAGGAAGCUGAGUGCUUUGGCCAAUGAUGGUGUUUGGGACAGGAGAAUUCUGUUCAAAGAAUCGGAUCUUGAGAGACAUGGACUCUCUAUGUUGGAGUCAGUGUUUCUGAAUGAGAAUGUCUGUCAAAGGGGUGUUGAGACCAGCACCUGCUACAGCUUCAGCCACCUGAGUGUGCAGGAGUUCUUUGCUGCUCUCCACUAUGUCCUGGAAGAGAAAUCGGAAAGAACGACGAAAGUGACAGAGUUACUGAAGGCAUCGGAAGAUCAGACGCAUCUAAAACUAACUGUACGGUUCUUAUUUGGUCUUUCUAGUGAGAAACAGAUUCAGGAGGCUCAGCGGACCACUGGCUGUCCCAUUUCCUUUAGUGACAAACUAAUCUUGGAGGAAUGGCUAAAGAGACGUCCAUCACACUUCCACAAUGAGAUACUAGGCUGCCUGUACGAGACUCAGGAUGAGGACUAUGUGGGGAGAAUGAUGUCUUACUUCCCUGAAGUGGAAAUUAAAGGUCUUUAUGGAGAAGAAAGUGACCAGGAGAACAUUGGUUACCGGGCUGUAGCCUACUGCCUGGGGAGAAGCACAAACAAAUAUACUGCAUCUUUUCAUGACCACAUAAUAGGGCCAAACGCUCGGGACAUUAUAGCUCCAGCACUUUCUAAGUCUUCAAAACUCCGUUUCGCCAGAUGCAGGUUUCCCGAUAAGGAGGAAGACGGGUUUGAGGCAGGAUCCAACUUUUCCGGGUUGUUUAAACAGUGUCAAGUUGAGGAACUGGUGUUACAUAGCUGCGGUCUGACCUCCUCCUGCUGCGAUAAUCUCCACCCUGUCAUUAUUACAGACCGGUCUCUGGUCAGACUGGACCUGUCAGGGAACAAUCUGGAGGGGGGAGCGAAGCUUCUGUGUGACGGACUGAGACACCCGGACUGCAGCCUACAGACACUUGUGUUAUGCAGCUGCGGCCUGACCUCCUCCGGCUGUGCUGACCUCCGCUCUGUUCUUAUCACACACCGCACUCUCAUCACACUGGACCUGUCCAGGAACCAUCUGCAGGACUCGGGAAUGAGACUUCUGUGCCAGGGAGUGAGGCACCCGGACUGUAUCCUGCAGGAGCUUAGGUUACGGGGCUGUGGCCUGACCGUGUCCUGCUACGAUGAUCUCCGCUCUACUCUCCUUACCAACCGCUCCCUGAUCAGACUGGACCUGAGGGAGAACCACUUGGAGGAGGCUGAAGGGAAACUGGUGGAGGGUGUGAGGCCGCCUCUGCAGAUUGUGUUUGCGGACUGAGUUGCAGUCACUGAAUGUGCUCUGAGUAGUCAUAUAGAAACUACACACAAAGCUACAAUAUACAGACGUACAAGUGUCAGUGUGCUUCAGCAGCAGAUUCCAUUAUCAUCUAGCAACCAUCGGCAUGUUCACGGGGGGAGGGGUUAAGAUGUCCACCUAAACAUCCCUUUGGCAGACACACUCCCUAGUAGUGUUGGCAGUCGACCAUGGAUGGUUACAAACCCUUAAUGGUUAAACACCGAUAUAAGUUUUGCCACCGAUAGUAGAGAUCCAAUGGCUCUCCGCCAUCAAUGAUACAGAGUUGUGUCCCCCACCCUCCACCCCCCGGGGACAUGGAGCCUAACUCCAACCGCUAGAGCACCCACAAAACCCCAUCCCCAUGUUCUUUUUGGCCCAUGGGCCGGUGAGUGAAAGUGCAUGGAUGACCAUCGGUGGGCAAAACUAUUGAUGGUUCUUUAUUGCAUAGGUUGCUAACAGUUGAUGGCCAAUUACAGUUUCAGUAUUGAUGGUAAGCACACCAAAGGCUAUCCCUAUUCCCUACCUAAAGUGUCUCCUCCCUGCAACUCUGCCAGCUCCCAGGGAAGAGGCAGACUCAUUUGAAAUCCAAGAUGGCCGAUGUGAAACUGCUGUAUCAGAAUAGCAUCAGCCAUCUUGGACUGAAAAUUAGGCCACCUCUUUCCUUGGAACCAGCAGGAGCAGAGUGCUCACAUGCAGCCCCUAUGUGCACCCAAUUUCACUGGUGUUUUCUGCAGAAGACUCCUGGCUGGUCUCCAUUUAUCCACUGAUUCCUGUAGUGUGCAGCACUACAUUUAGGGGGAGACUGGAGUCGGCUGGUAGAGCGUGGACAUGCAGCUAUGUUGUGCAGUGUUCCCCGACACUGUCGUUGCUAUAAUACAGAUACAAGUGCGAGGCUUUUUUCUGCUGCAAUAAUAACACCAGUGGCUAAACAUGGCCGCCAUCAUCUGCUGUUUUUGUUUUUUGUGUUUUUGUAAAACUGUUUUUAUUUUCUUAUUUUCAUAAGGUAAAGAGUUACAUACAGUGGUGAGUAAAAAAAAAUACAGGAAAGGCAGAAAUACAUACAUCCCCACAAUCCAAGAAUUGCGGGUAUCACAGUACCCUGCAGCUCGUGUCAAAUAAUUCCGCAUAUCCUGUACUCAUACACUAUAAGCUAAUAUCAACCACUAAAUAAACAUCAGAAAAUGAUAAAGGGAAAUACAAGAAGGGAGAGGGGAAGAGGGGAGACAAGACAAUUCACUCCGUAGUCGCGUGGAGUACAUACAGUACAUACAAUCUAUGAACUCAUCAACCUCAAAACAUCAAGGUGCAUACGCAUAUCAAUUAGCAUCUACACGUUUAUAAAGAAUCCAAGAGGUAUUUUCAAAGAGCCUUUCAAUA